AUGACAUCCACGGCACAUGGAGGAGUACAUCCAAUUCGCAAUGUAUCAUUAUCACACGUUUCAAGUACAAAUUCAGAUUGGUUGCCUUCAGCUGAUGACUCUCAAAAUUGUUCCGAUGCUGGUGUGUCUUCUUUUCCUAACACAGAUAUGCAUAGUUCUGCUUUUCCAUCUGAAACUUUAAAUGGUAAUGCAUUAUCAGAAAAGUAUCGUUCUUCGUCUAAGACAGCGAAUACAUUAGAAGAAGUUCGUUUACCUUCUAAUGUGGAUAAAAUAAAUAGCAAAGAGAAAUUAGUAGGUGAUGAAGGUACAGGUCUUAAUCAAGCUAUAUCUAGUGCAAGCGACAGUGUUGAAGUUAAUACAUUAAAAUCGCAGAAGAAUAUUGCAAACGGUAAAGGUGUACGACCUGCUGCUAAACGAACUGUAGAUCAGUCGGAUGCUAAUAGUAGAUCGAAACAGCCUCCAGCCAAAAAAUCGAAAUCCGAAGUGGUACCACGACAACAAGUCCGUCCACGUAUAAUAACACGCUUACCAAAUAUGAAAUAUAAGAAGAAAAAGAUGGAAUCAAGUGAGGAAAGUUCCAGUGACAAUGAAUCGAGUGAUGAUACUGGCGAUAGUGAUAAUAGUGAAGAAGAUGAUGAUGACAAUGAAAAAGAAGGUGUAGAAGACGAAAUUGAAGAAGAAGAAGAUAAUGAUGAUGAUGAGGAAGAAGAGGAUGAUGAGGAUGAUAAUGAAGUAGAAGAAGAGAAAGAAGAUAAUGAUGAACAGACGACGGAAGAUGAUGAAGAAGAAGAAGACGUAGAAGUAGAUGAUGAUGGUGUGGAGAUGGAAGAUGAAGAAAAUGACGUUGACAGUCAAGAUCGUGAAGAUGAAAAUGAGGAAGGCGACGAUGAUGAAAAUGAUGAGGAUGAAGAGGAAGAAAGUUCUGACUCGGAAAGUGAAAGUGAGGAAGAAAGUAGUGAUGACGACGAUACUUCAUCAAGUAGUAGUGAUGAUAGUGAGGAAGAUGGUAGCAGUAGUAGUUCAACAACGACAUCAACGUCAUCCUCUUCAUCGGAUUCCGAUGGCAGUGAUGAAACAACAUCAAGUAGUGAUAGUGAUUCAUCUUCUACUAGUGAUGAGGAGGAGUUGCCACCUGUUAGAUCCCGUGGUAGAGGUAAAUACAAAGCUAGGGGUCGGCGUGGUCGGGGUAAUAUGAAUUUCUCGCGUACAGGUAGAAGGAUUAACGGUGUAAGGAAACUGAAAGGGCCUUCAAAGCGAAUCUCAAGUGUGUUUUUAUUUCUGGUUUAUGUUACUAUAGCGACUCCACGUAAGCGCUUACAGAGUGUUGAUGAAGAUGACAUCCAACUACCAUUGGAUCAAGGAUGGCGUCGUCAAACCAGGUUACGUCGGGUUGGUAGAAAUUUAAGAGGAGACGUUUACUAUUUUGCACCUUGUGGCAAAAAGCUUCGUAUAUAUCCAGAUGUCACAAAGUAUUUAAGAAAAAAUAGCAUCUCUGAUUUAAAUCUGGAGAACUUUAGUUUCAGUACUAAACUAUACAUUGGAGACUUUCAAAUAUAUAAUGAGGAUAGUGGUACCUUUGAACCUAUGGAUGAAGAUGAACUACAUCGGCGCAGGCAAGAGGCAUCAACUAAGAAGAAUCAAAAAUUAGAAAAACUUCGAAAAAGAGAUGAAAGAAAAAGAUUAGCUGCAGAAAAGGCGAAAAAGAUGCAGGAGGCUAAAUUGCAACGAAAAAUGGAGAAACAAAGAGCAGCAGCUGAUAAACGAGAAGAGAAGAAAGAAAGGGCAAUAAAAGCUGCUAUGGAAAGGAAAGCUGCACGUGACCAGGCAAAGAUGGAAAAGUUACGUGAAAAAAUGGCAAGACACGAAAAGAUUAAACAAGAAAAAAAGAAAAAAAAAGAAGCGCUGAUUCAAGCUCGGAAUAAGAAAAAAGAAGAUGCGGAGAAGAAAAGAUAUCAAGAGGCGUUGCAGCGGCAAAAAGAAAGAGAACUAAAGAAGCAACAGGCUAAAAUUCUUAAAACUAAGGAAAAAGAAAGACGAAAGCAGCAAAUGUUAUUAGUCAGAUCAUUAGAAAUACAAAGAAAAGCGGAAGAAAGAAAUCGUGUUAAGGAAGAAAAGAAAUUACGGAAGCGAUUAGUUAAAGAAAGAAAGCAAGAACAAAAACGGUUAGAAAUGGCGGUGUUAAGAGAUUUAAAAAUGCCAGCUGAAGAUAUGAAGCUAUCUCAUGAUCACGAUAUUCCAAGCUUGAAAACUGUUCCUGGAUUAUUGAGUGGGAAUUGUUUUGCGGACAUGUUAUUAGUUAUUCAAUUUAUCCAAACAUUUGCUGAACCAUUACAAUUGGAUUCGGAUGAUUUUACUUCAUUACGUGACCUUCAAGAAUCAAUUCUUUGUAGAUCAGAUCCUGAUGAAGAUGUCUAUACAUAUCUAUGCCAACAGCUAUUUUAUAAUGCUCUUAAAGAUCCUGGUUGUACGGGUCCGCAAUCUUAUACUGCUUUAGGUACACCGUUAAUAUCAGUAGAGAUUACUAAUUCUAAUGUAUCGGAGUUGUUGCGUCGUUAUAUGUGGUCAAAGCUUAGUAAAGAACAUGAGCUUGUAAAAACGUUGGAAGUUACACCUCUGCAGGCACUAUCAGCAUCCGAUAAGUUAAAAAUUUUAGUUUUUCUCGUGAAUGAGUUAUUAUGCAGCAAGCUUAUUUGUAAAGAAAUUGAAAGUAACAUGGAAGAAAUAUCAAAUUUAAGAAGAGAUAAAUGGAUAAUUGAAGGGAAAGCGAGAAAGUUACGUGCUGUACAUGCUAAACGAUUUCCUGCAGUUAACAGCAAAUCUACAGAAGCUAAAACUCGUGGAAACAGCCAAUUAAACUCUUCUAGAGAUGAAAGUGGCUCAGAGGGUAGCAAUAUGGAUGUCGAAGUUGAUGUAAACGUCGGAAGUGAGAAGAAAGUACAAAAAGGAAAAGCACGAAACGGCAAGGAAGGAGAGGAUGUAGAAGAAGAAGAAGAAGAAGAAGAAGAAGAAGAAGAGGAGGAAGAAGAAGAAGAAGAAGAAGAAGAAGAAGAAGAAGAAGAAGAAGAAGAAGAAGAAGAAGAAGAAGAGGAAGAAGAAGAAGAAGAAGAAGAAGAAGAAGAAGAAGAAGAAGAAGAAGAAGAAGAGGAAGAAGAAGAAGAAGAAGAAGAAGAAGAAGAAGAAGAAGAGGACUCAGCCGAUGAUUCUGAAAGUGGGGAAGAUGAAAAUUAUAUGGAUAUCGAUCAAAAUUGUGAAGAUUUAUCUAAAGAAGACCUAGAAAGAGCUAUUGAAAAGCUAGAAAAACAGCAGAAAGUGUAUAAAUUUAAUCUUAGUAAAAUACACACUACCCUUAAAGGUUUACUCCUUGGGCAAGAUCGCUAUCGACGACGAUAUUGGGUAUUCCAUAAUAUACAGGGUAUCUUAGUUGAAGGAAUGUUAGAAAUUGAACAUGAAGAUGUUGAGGUAGUCGACACAGAAACUGAAUGUGAAGUUGCUAACAUAAAUGAAAAUGUUGAACCUGUGACUGAAGUAGAAGACAGAAAGGAAGUUGCUACCGCGAUUGAUAACACGAAACAUUCUACAGAAUUAAAAGUUGAUCCGAAGAAAGAGACUGUAAACAGAGCCAACAGUGAUUGUGAUACUAAACGUACCAAUAAGAUGAAUUUGCAAAACCUUGAAAACAUGCUUAAACAGAGAGAAGAAGAAGAAAAGCAGAAAACUGAAUUAGAAAAUGGGCAAAAUAAAGAUGUGAACCCAGAAGAUGAAAAUGCUGUAUUUCACUGGUUUGACUUAUUACCCAGAUUACCAUGCACACGGGGUUCCAUUGUUGCUCCUGUAAAAAUAGAAAGUAAGUGUCAAGUUGAAGACGAGAUUGAAACGAAAGUGCAAGAAAAAUUAGCGAAGUUGCAAGCGCCGAGAACAGCUGAUCCAAUCUUGAAUGACAGUAAUGUCGAAGACGAAAUUGCGGUUGAUAUGUCGUUCUUGACGACGCUUACUCGUGAGGCUUUUGUUGAAUUGUUGAAGCGUAUCCCGGAUCAUAAGCGUCGAAAAGAGUUGCAAGAUUUGCUAAUUUUGCCAUCUGCAAAAGAAAUCAAGGCUGCAGUUGCGGCCAAAUUAGGAUUGGAGGAGAAAAUGAUAACUGUUGAUGAUUUAGAAAAACGAAAAGCGCAAAGUAUUCCUAAUUGUAAGCCUAAAUUAGACGAAUCGAUUAAACGCGUCUAUUUUCUAUUUUUAAAAGCUAUACCUUUCAUUGCUUUAGAUUUUCAAAAUAAAUGGUGGCAUGUGAAAGACCUGAAAGAAAUUAAAACCUUAAUUAAGUCACUCAACCCUCGAUUUUCUCAACUUGCUAAUUUUAGCGGCGUAAGGGAGCGACAACUUAUUAAAUCAUUGACGAAGUAUAGCGAAAAUUUUAACGAUGUGGAUGGUAACGCUGAUGCAGCGAUAGGACUGAUUACGAUUGAUGGCGAAGACGAUAUGGAAUGUAAUUAUAGUCAUGGAAUCGAAGCAGAAUUUCCUGAACAGAGGUUCAAAGCUGAGAUUGCAUUGUUACAGGAAAUCGAAAAUAUGGAGGAGAAGGUGUCUUCGGCUAGCCUGCAAGUUAAGGGAUGGAAAGCUCCAUCAAAGGCAUCCAAAAGUCUACGUUUUAAUAAUACUGAUGUUCAGCCCCUGGAAAUAGCGCGAGAACGCUUGCAAGCUUUAGAAGCAGCGCUAGAAAGACGCUACGUGAAACCGCCCCUAAAAGAAAGGAGUGAUAGUGGAAAAUCUGAUAUCAGUCCAGGACUACAUAAUUGGCGUGAAGCGGUCGUUUCUGCCACGUCUGCGGCACAAUUAACGUUGUGUCAAUUGCAACUCCAUUCGUCGAUAGCUUGGGAAAAAUCUGUAAUGAAAGUUUUUUGUCAGAUUUGCCGGAAAGGUGACAACGAGUCGCUCUUAUUGUUAUGUGAUAAGUGUGAUUGUGGUACUCAUACCUAUUGUUGUACACCAAAGUUAACGUCCGUUCCGGAAGGGGAUUGGUUUUGCCCGAAAUGUGCUAGCGAGUGUGACAAAGAUUACUGCUGUAUUUGUGAGAUCGAUGACAACGAAAAAGCUAUUGCUUGUGAAAGAUGCAACUCUGUGUAUCAUUUGGCCUGUCUAGAUCCUGUUAUAAAACGAUAUCCGAAAACUGGUUGGUAUUGUCGCGACUGUCGAAAGCGUAUUUAUAAGAGACAACCUAAGAAAGGAUACGUUAUGAAUGAAUCUGAUAUGGAGGAUGAAGAUAGUGAUACGGAAGAUAGCAAAUUAUCUACCAGAAAUUUUGGCGUCUGUAGAAUUAUUUUAAAUGAGUUAGAGCAACAUGAAGAUGGUUGGCCGUUUAAUGAACCAGUUAGCGAUAAAGAUUGUCCAACGUAUCAUGAAGUUAUAUCGAAUCCAAUGGACUUGCGUACAAUGAAGAAUAAAUUGCGUGAUUUGCAGUAUUCUUCACACAGUGAUUUCCUUGUAGAUAUCGGUUUAAUCUUUAGUAAUUGCAAGUUAUUUAACGAAGAUGAUUCUGAGGUUGGUAUAGCUGGUCAGAACUUAUCGAAAUUUUUUGAAGAGCGCUGGGCUGAAUUAUGUAAAGAUGUAUAA